CCACGGCGCCCAUCGCGCCCCGCGACCUGCUCGGCUGCCCGCGCUGCCGAAGGCUGCUGCACAAGCCGGUGACCCUGCCGUGCGGGCUCACGGUCUGCAAGCGCUGCGUGGAGUGUGGGCCCGCGCGGCCGCAGGCGCGGCGCGUCAACGUGGUGCUGAGCUGCGUGCUGGAGAAGUGCUUCCCCUCCGAGUGCCUGCUGCGCAAGCUGGCGAGCCAGGCGCGGACCCUGCAGCGCCAGCAGCAGCCCGAGGCCGCUCUGCUCAGGUGCGACCAGGCCCUGGAUCUGGCUCCUGAUGAUACCUCAUUAUUGCUGCUGCGAGCGGAUUUGCAUUUAACCAUGAGGAACUAUGAGCAGGCCCUGCAGGAUUCUGGGAUAGUUUGUCAGAAGGAACCUCUCUUGACUAAGGGGCACCACAUAAAAGCUCAGGCUCUUUGUGCACUGGGAAGAAGUGAGGAAGUGUUGAAGGAAUAUCUCUACUGCCUUGCUUUAAAUCCUGAUUGUAGCACCAUGAAGAAAGAAGCACAGAAGGCAGUGUGUGAGGUGUUUUUUCCACCUUCAGAAAACGUACGUCAGCACACCAAGGCUUGCAUCCAAAGCAGAGCAAAGGCUCCGUGUCGUGGCCGGAAAAACAAGCCGCUGCCACCACAGUCCGCAGAAGGUGGUAACUCAGGGAGUCCUGAGAAUGCAUCUGAGAAAACUGACGUCUUUCGAAAUGCCAAUUCUUCGGUCUUGUAUUUUAUACUGGGUCUACACUUUGAAGAGGACAAGAAGACAUUAGAAAGCUUACUGCCAGAGAAACCCAGCACCGGCUUAAAGAGACAGCAUCCGGAUGAUACGGAGGAUGUUCGUGAACUUAGUGCUCCUGGAAAGAUUCCUAAGAAAGAUGCAGAUGCCUCAUCUGAAAAGAAUGUGAACUCUAAGACAGGAGAAGGUCCAGAGCUCCCGAUUGAUGUAACUGACUUUGAGUGUGCCCUUUGCAUGAGGUUGCUCUUUGAGCCUGUCACCACGCCCUGUGGACACACGUUCUGCCUCAAAUGCCUGGAGCGCUGCCUUGACCAUGCCCCACACUGUCCACUGUGCAAGGACAAGCUCUCGGAAUUGUUGGCAAGCAGAAAUUUUAAUAUAACUAUUCUGGCUGAAGAAUUAAUAUUCCAAUAUUUAUCAGAUGAAUUGACGGAUAGGAAGAGGAUUUAUGAUGAAGAAAUGUUGGAACUAUCACAUCUGACCAGGGACGUGCCCAUCUUUGUGUGUGCCAUGGCCUUCCCCACGGUCCCCUGCCCGCUCCAUGUCUUUGAGCCCCGCUAUCGGCUUAUGAUAAGAAGAUGUAUGGAAACUGGCACCAAACGAUUCGGCAUGUGUCUGUCGGCUGAGCAUGCCGGGAUUUCCGAGUACGGCUGCAUGCUGGAGAUCAAGGAGGUCAGAACCUUUCCUGAUGGAAGCUCCGUUGUGGAUGCCAUCGGAGUCAGUCGGUUCCGAGUAUUAAGCCACCGUCACAGAGAUGGCUACAACACGGCGGACAUCGAAUACCUGGAAGAUGAAAAGGUGGAAGGUCCGGAGUAUGAAGAACUGGCUGCUCUUCAUGAUUCUGUUUACCAGCAGUCCGUGUCCUGGUUCGCAUCUCUUCAGGACCACAUGAAAGAACAGAUCCUAAGUCAUUUUGGGUUAAUGCCUGACAGGGAACCUGAGCCUCAGAGCAAUCCCAGUGGUCCUGCCUGGUCCUGGUGGAUCCUGGCAGUGCUGCCGCUGGAGCGCAAGGCUCAGCUGGCCAUCCUGGGCAUGACCUCCCUGAAGGAGCGCCUGCUUGCCAUUCGGCGAAUAUUAGUCAUCAUCACACGUAAGAUGAAUAGUCGCCAAGAGGUGGUUAAUAACAGGGAAAGAAAUAACUGAUUUUCUCUCUGCGUUGAGGUUUCUGGAAUUCCCUGUGCUGCCGUGAGUGCUGGGAAUGGACGAGCACCCGUCCCCGCCACUGCGCUUUGUAAAAUGCUUGUCGAUAAGGUUGCCAAAUGGAACUCUUGCCAAACGCUGACUCCUGCUCACUAGUUGCAAGUCUGUGCCUGGUGGAAUCUGACCCAGUACACAGUGAGCCUGAAAUUCACAUGGCGCCCGUGGUUGGAAAACCACCUGAGAAAGUCUCCUUGAAGCCAGUGUUUCAGGAAUGCAGUUCACUGAUAAUACAGGGCACCGCGUGCGACUCACAGGAAGCAGAGGUUUCACAAGGAUGGAGGACUCCAUUCCUGAGGAGGAUCUGGCUCUGCCAGAAGGAAUCGAAACACGUCAGUGACCACAGACAGCCGUGGGCGGUGGGGUGGGGGGGGUUCGUGUUUUAAUCUGGAAACAGAUACUAGAGCACAGGCUAACCAAAAAAAAUGCGCUUAGGCUUUGUGUGUCCCUGUGAAGUUAUCUGUGAGAUUAAGGAAUCAAACCAUUGUCCAGUGCAGUAGCCAAAAUUAGUCCUUCCCCAAGAAGUAGCAGUUUUGGGUAGAACUGUGUUUCACGUCUUGCUGUAGUCCCAGGUGUCGUAAACUGCAUGUUGCAAUCCAAUGAAUGUCAAAAUACAAGAUGUAUCUCGGAUAUAGAGAAGUCUGAUAAUAAUCUAGUUAAUUUGAGGCUAUAUAUUUAUACACGCUCAAUGAACAGUCGGCGAGAGUACGUUUAAACUGUAUGUGUGUUGGGAUGUCAGACAUACCGCCAAAGUCGGCCAGAGAGCCCCUGCAAGCAGAGCCCCGUCUCAUUGAUUUAACGGAUGCUAAGCAUUUAAGAGACAGUCCACUUCUCUACGAGGCUUUGCAUUACAGGCUAGGCCCAUCCGUAAAUUUCAAUUUACUAUCCAUCCACUAACAUAUGAAGAUGUUAAAAAAUUGCCAUGCCGGGGUAAUCUGCCUGUUCAAGGGAAAUCAACCAGAAUGUACAAGGAAAGAGAGACUGGCGUGGGAUGUCAGUGUUCAGCAAAUUUUUCUCCAACAUCAACCUAAAUUUUUAUUAGAUCGGUUUUGUGUUUAUCAGACCAAACAUUAUUUAUCAAAGAACAAUAGGUGUACCUUGGUUAAUGCACAGGGAUGACUAUUUGGGGUACCCAGAUGUUCCCGCUGUUCUACCCAGCUGGUGCAGAUAACUGGCUUCCUAGAUUGUGAGGCACACGUUCUUAACCAAAGGAUGAUGAGAACUAAUGAGCAAAUGACAGCUACAAGUUCUGCCUCAUUCAUUCAGAGGAUUCAAUUGUUUCAGUUUUAAGAAAUUUUUCAUAGUACAAAAAUUUUGAUGACAUCACUUCAUCAGUUAUUUUACUAGCAGGACAUUAUAAUCAUUAAUUUUUUUAAUCGUAGGACUUUUCAGUAACUACGAUUGCUUCAUUAUGGGAGUUAGAAAAUACUAGACUCAUUCAACUUAAUUAUAAGGAGAAAGUAUUCACUGACCAAGUGUUUCAAAUGCUGAUUGUGAAUCUCAAAUCUCAUUUUGAAUGUGGUUUAAAGGCAGCUUGGAUUUCUAGGAGAGUGUAUUAAUUCAUGCAUUCACAAUAGUACAUUUCUAAGGCAUGAUGACCUAAUCUGACCACUUCAAUAAAAAAAAAAAAACUGAUUGACAUGCCAGGAAGCCUUUAGUAGAAGUGAUUCAUGAAAAUUAAUAGGUAUCAAUCAUUGUCUGUCUCUUUUUGAAAAAAAAAAAAUUUCAUACCUUUGUUAAGGAUUCUUUUGCUCAAUUCAAAUGGAAAUUGGAAAAAGGCAAAGGGCCACUCCCUUAGUUCUAGUGCUCCAACAUCCAGGUGCCAAUGACUCUCUGCUCUUGAUGUUCAGCUCCAGGCUUUGAGUGCCAGCGAUUCUCAGCUUUUAGUGUUAUAGCUCUGAGCUUCAAGUGCCUGUGGCUCUCGUAUCUCAGAGUAGCCCUGUUCCCUGAGUGCCCGUGCUUCCCAACAGCUGGCAUUAACAGCUCUUGUAGCUGCUGCUGGAAACUCCUCAGCAGCCAGAGUUAGCAGCUCCCGACAGUCUCCCACGGCUCUCUGCUCUCAGCCUUGGUCUGGAGCUCGCCAGCAGUGAUCUGCCUGUGAGGCGUUCUCCAGGCUAGCAGCCCUGGUUACCAGCUCUUACCGCGACCAGCUCAGCCCACUCUACCCAAGAUAGAAAUCAUCUGAAUAAGUCUUUAUUGGGGCUUAUGCUGCAGCAAAGCAGGCAGAGUGGCGAAUGGAAGUCCCAGACUGGCCUGAUAAGACUGAGAAAAGUGCUGCUUAUGUAGCAAAAAAAAAAAAAAAAAAAAAAAAAAAAAAACA